AAGUGGGACUGUGAAAAUUUUCCAGUCAGUAUGGGGGCGUUUAACUAAUCUCCGAUCAUUAUCCUUUUUCAUUGUGGGUAAGGAGGUGGGUCGUGGAAUAGAGGAGUUGGCUGGCUUAAGGCAUUUGAAAGGCAAAUUAUCUCUUUAUAAUCUAGAGCAUGUGACAGAUGGAGAAGAAGCAAAGAAAGCAAAAUUAGUUGAGAAGACAAGCAUAUGGAAAUUAAGCUUUGAAUGGCAGGGAGAGAGGCCGAGCAUCAACAACGAUGAGGAUGUGCUAAAAGGCCUUCAACCACACCCGAAAUUGGAGUUUUUAGAGAUUCGCAACUUUAUGGGCGAUAAGUUUCCAUCAUGGAUGAUGACUAGUUUGUUUCCUGCAAUGAAAACAUUAACUAUUGAUAAUGCCAAGAACCUAAUUGAGUGGAUGGAAGCUGCAACAUCGCUAACAGAAGUCGUGGUAUUUCCUUGUCUUGAGGAGCUGUUCCUGACGAAAUGUGAUCAGUUGAGAAGUGUUCCCAGUCAUUUUCCAUCUCUCCAAAAGCUAGAGAUAGAUUCUAUGGAUAGCAGCAAACCAAUGGAAAAUAUAAACAAGAAGCUCACAACUCUUACUUCUCUCACAAUAGAGAAUGUGAGGGGGCUUGCUUCUCUGCCAGAAAUGAUGUUAAAAAACAACCAGAACCUUGCAAAUUUGGAGAUAAGAGAUUGUGGGAAGUUAAGUUGUAUUGCUCCCCAUGUAUUUGGUUGUUGCGCAUCUCUUGAGUCUCUGUGUGUUUCUAAGUGUCAAAAUAUUAGGAGUUUGCCUGAUGGGCUGCACACUCUCUCUCUUAAGGAGUUGAUUGUAGACAACUGCCCUAGACUGGAGUUCAUUCCAGUCACACAUGCUCUUACGUCUCUCCUGAAUUUGUCUGUAAAGUAUUGCAGGAGUCUAAAGUCAGUUCCAACUUUGCAUGGCUUUGCAUCCCUUCGUCAACUGGAAAUUGAGAGCUUUCAUGGGACAAGUCCACUGAUUGGCCUAGAGUCCUGUACCUCGCUUCAUUCACUGGGAAUCUAUGGUUGUGAAUGUUUGACGCAUUUACCAGAUGGGCUAAAAAUUGUUGUCUCUCUUGAGGAAUUGACAAUAAGCAGGUGUCCUAGUCUACAAACUAUUCCGAGCUUAGACAACCUCGCACACCUCCGUGAGUUGAAGAUAUCAUUUUGUGCUGGAUUGAAAAGUCUACCCCGUGGAUUAGCAUCCCCACACUGCCUCACCAGCUUGAGGGAUUUGGAAAUUGGUCGGUUUUCGAUGGUGCUCCAUUCAUUUCCUACUUUUCAGGCAUCACAACUUGAAAGAUUGAGCUUGUGGGGUUGGCCUAAGCUCGAGUCUCUGCCUGAACUAACUCAACACUUUACUUCUCUAACAUGUUUGGGAAUACUAUCCUUUGACGGAAUGGAGGCUCUUCCAGAGUGGCUGAGAAACCUUGCAUCUCUUGAGUAUCUACGUAUAAUUUGGUGCGCGAAUCUGAUGUAUCUACCUACAGUUGAAGCUGUACAAUGUCUUACCAAGUUAAAAGAGAUAUACAUUAGUGGUUGUCCCCUUUUAAAAGAAAGAUGCAACAAGGAGAGCGGUGCAGAAUGGCCCAAGAUUUCACAUAUUCCAAAGAUCACAGUUCAAGAUUGAGGAUGCUCAUUAACAGAGACCCGACUUGUCAACCUGGAUGGAAUCAAAUUCAGUAAGCUUACAAAGUAUCCCCAAAUGCUAAAUGUUUCGAAGUAGUGUGCAGUGGUGGUGUGAAGUUUAUACAACUCAAGUCAGUCAUUCAUCUCAAGUUCCAUGAGACAUAUGCUGAUGGCGGGAGGCAGUUGAAGCUAUGUGCCUGCAGUUGUAUGUCUGGCUGUGGAAAAUUAAUUUCAUUGCAUUGGAUGCAUGGUGGGUUUAUAGGUUGUUUUUACUCAACUUGAGGAACUCUUAGGCAAUGGGUACAAACAGAGUCGAGAUAUUAGGAAACAGUAAUUCAUGAGAUUAUCGUCGUCAUACUGACAGUGUACCUCCUAGAGUUGGCUUGGUGGGAGAUUGUAGGCAUUUAUGGUUUUGAAACAGACUCAGGUUUCUUGGCAGCUUCAAAAGUUAUGGAGGAGUUGGUCAAAUGCAUUUUACACAUUCUCAUAUCUUCAGAUAAGGCAAUCAAGCUGUUGAGUGUGCCUCAAAUCAUGAAGUUCUGCAGUUUUGCUUUUUGGAAAGGUUUAUGGACACCAUGAGUUCCUGCAACUCCCUCUCAAGCAAACUUCAACGAGCCAGGAUUUUAUGUUGUAUUUUUGUGAGCCUUAAUUAUUUCUGUAUUUUAUUCAUGUGUUUUGUAUCCCUGAUGGUAGGUCUUUUUAGAGUGAGAUGGUCUAAAAUUAGAAAGAUGGUUUGUGAGUUUUUGGAGUUCAUUGUUGACAAUUUGGGUGAGAAAAAUGAAACUUACAAGGUAUGUUUGUAUUUUUUAUUUUAAUGUUUUUGAAUUUUAACAAGUUCC